GAAAUGGAAAAACAAUUCAAGCCCUAUUUGGGAGGAUGGAGGCACAAGGUUACUGGAGUAGAAUACUUAAACGCAGCUUCCCAGACCAGGCCUUUGCGAAAACAGUCGCCGUCAAGGAGCACAUGUAGCAGGAUGGUUCAAUGUAUAAAAACGAAGGAAGGAGCAACACAAACAUUAUGCCAUCGUGCGACGCAAAUGUGGCGAAACGACUGUUACAUAUCGAGCCAGACGGAUAAAUACAUGACAGUGAAGUCAUAUGAGAACUACGACGAAAUGCAACUGCGGCUUAAUUUAGAUGGACAUGCGCGUGUAAUUCAGAGGAAUUAUCGAGCGUACCGGCUGAGGAAGUACAUUAGGGAAUGCGCGCAGAUCUAUCGCGACAUGCUCGAGAAAUGUGAAAAACGCGAGCAAGAGAAAGCUAUCAUAAACAAAAUGCGACAUAAACAGAACAUUCUUCGACAAGUACAUCCGCGAUCGAGGGCGGACUUCGACAUGCUCCACAAUGUGAUCGAGAGAUGGAGGUCCGACCGUCUCGAGGACAUAAAGUUACGAUUGUUCAAGGCCGCACAGCGUGCUGAGAAUUACAGUAUUGUGGAGAAGAUGGUGAAGAUGUUAAACUGCAUCGAUAAGCAUAAACAAGCGAUCAGGAGUUCGCACAAAAGACAGAGGGUUCUCAGAUUCCUAACACUUAACUGCAAGCCGAUACGCUGGAACAGUUACAAGGGUAUAUCUGUUGAGAUGAUCACCAUGAAAACUCUAAAGGCUCGGGAAUUCAAAAGACUGUACGAUGUAUUGAGCGAUCGUAGUGUCAGACCGGACGAGCGAAUGGCGUCAUUGAUAAUGUUGAGGAAGUCCAUCGAAGCGCACAGUUGUAUGGAGGCUUUCGAUCUAUCGUCUCUGUUGGAUCAAGAGAUCGCUUUGUUGACUCGAGGAAUUAAGGACUUAUCGCUCGGCUGUCUAAACGACAGGAUAACGCAUACUUACUUGAAUUUUACGAGCAUGCACGGUAGCUGCGGCUGCGAAGCUGUCGGCGGAAAUUCUAAAGACGAUGAAUUGCGGGUGCCUCUAGAAACAAAAACAAAAUUCUGCCGAAGUUGUUUAAAACUACUUCCCAACCGCAGAUUCUUACCGCACAGUAGAACGAGGAAGCUAUCGGUCUGCAUCAGCUGCGAUUCUUUACGUCGACAAAACAUCGCACACGUGGAUUACGAUCCCUACAUGUUCAUAUUGGACUGUGUGCGGGCCGACGAGAUACGACGGUGCAGUAAUUCCGCUCUAGCGUUUAUGAUGCAAGGACACGAUAUUUAUCAUCUGGUUAAUCAUAUCUGGCAUGGUCAGUCAGUGGUCAGCAAAGUUACGGACGUCUUUUUUCUGAGAUUGGUCAGAUAUCGAAUGGAUGAUGAAUGGGCGCCUUGGAAUUGUAUCCUUUUGACAGAGGAUGAAGCCGACGUGCAUUCUCAUAUGAAAAAUCCCGCCACUGUAUACUCGGGACACCUGAUUAAUCAGAUUGGCUUGGCACAUCAGAUCGCGAAGAAUCAUUUCAAACAAUUAAUCAGCUUCGAGAAAGAUUUCCGGGAAUCUGGUCGCUUCCGUGCGAUUUAA